AUGGAAGAGUAUGUAAAAAAAUUUAUAAUCUUAGACAUGCACAGAGAUUUUAAAAUAUUAUCAUCAAAGAAAAGAUUAGAAAUAUAAAAAGUAACAUCUUUUAGUAAAUGUUUAGUGAAAAAAAAGCUUAGCUAAGUUUUGCAGAAUAAAAAAUGGACAGUAGUAUUUAAGUUAAUGUUCAAAAACUAUCAAAAAAGAAAUAUUGAUGAAAUUAAUUUUGUCUUUUCAAAAUAAAUUUCUUAAAAUUGUUAAUAUAAUCACUUUUUUUAACUACACAUUAAUUUAUUUAUAAUGAAAAACCCAUAAUAUUAAUUAUUUUACAUCAAUAUUUAAUAAAUUAAAAACAAAAAAAAUAUUUUAUUACGAAAGUAAUAAAAACCAUUUAAUUCAAAACUUUCCAAGUUUAAACCAAUAUAAUUGGUUGUGGGGAAGAACCCUAUUCCGGAACUUGACCCCAUUUUAAAUUAAACAAACGAAAUACAUAUUUAAAAAAAUAAUGAUAUGAAAUUCUAUCAACUUUCUAAAAUGUUUUAUCCAUCAUUUCAUAAGAUCACUGCUGUUGAUACCUUUAUGAAUUGA